AUGGUCGAGCAGAAUUCCCGAGUAACGAGAGAGGGGGAAGAGCCGAUGCUGUGCGAUCUUCGCCCGCUAUAUACGAACCAUGAGAUGGAUCAUUUGCGCCUGCUACACCACUACUCCAACUUCACCGUCGAAUCAUUCGCCGCAACGUUUCAGCUCGAGGAUCGUGCUUGUCGGUCCCUGCGGCUAGAUAUUCCUCAGCUAGCUUUUCAGAACCACUUUCUUCUGGACGCCAUCUUCUCGGUCGCCCUGCUGCACCUAUCAAGCACUGAUGAGUCGACGAAAGACGGCUUGCCGCAGCUGGCCCUGUACCGAGAUCAGGCUUUCCGUCGAUUGCGUAUAGAACUCAUGCGCAGCUCGCAAGUCUCAAUGGUAGAGAGACCGAAUGAUAGGUUUCGGGCCGUAGUAGCGACAUCGAUUCUGCUGGCCGUCACGGCCCUCGCCGCGGAUCGAUUUUCCGGGGACAAUGGGAUCUGGUUGACAAACUACCUGGCCUUGAGCAUAGGUCCGCGAACAAUUUUGCCUUGGAGAAGGACGACGCUGAGCGUCCCCUCCAGCGUUGGGCGAGGGAGAGGAGACAAGAGAACGAGCGACAAGGAUUCGGACUUCAGUCACAUCUGUCCCGUGACCAUCGUGCCCGAUCUUGAGCUAGUUCAAAUGGGCAUCGACGAGAGCGACGAGGACUGGGGCCAUAUCGAUGACUUACGGCGUGCAGUCAAGGGCAUUAAGAGGCUAUUUGGCGCGCUCUUCUGUUCAGAGUGCGAUGUCUUUUCCCGCAUCUCUGACAACGAGAGACAGCCCUGUAUCGCUUACAAAGUCCGAAUAUGGCCCUUUGCGUUUGUGACGUCUGGAUUCGUUGACAUGGCCCGCAAGAAGCGGCCACGGGCUCUCGUCGUCAUGGCCUACUAUCUCGCUUUUUUCCCAUGGCUGCCGCAGACGUGGUUGUACCGAGACGUCGCCCCGGCAGACAUGUAUAAGCUUACCGAAGCCGUCGGACCCACAUGGCAGAGUUGUUUAGCGGCCCCCAAAGUUGCUGUGCUGGUGAAAGACUUGGAUCUGCUCACGCCCUUCUUGUCUGAGCUCGCGACUUGUCAGGGCGCGGGCGAUGAACCUCAUCAUGAGGGAUUCUUCGAUGGUAUAGCAUAA